CAGGUAUUCCAUCAAGACAAUGGUUGGCCAUUUCCAAGAUAUUACGGUGCUUGUGGACGUAUGGUUGUGGAACAGUAUGUCGGGAAAUCAUUAGGAGAUUACUAUCUUUCACCUUGGAGGACCAGGGUUGGACUUGCUUACCAGCUAUUCCAAAUAGCAGACCUGCUGACCAACAACAAGGGGAACUGGUCACUCUACUGGACAGAUGUCAGCUAUGAUAAUAUUGCAGUUGACCCUGAUGGCAGGGUAGUGGUGGUAGAUCUGGAGAAUAUCAUAGUGGUGGACAAACUGAAAAUUAUACAAGAUCGACCACCAGAGUGGGACACAGUGCUAACAAGCACCUUUGAUGAAUGCAUUCCAAAUCACAACUGUCUUUCCUUCUCACCAGACAACCUUUGCACGCGUCUGGUGGCAGACCACAAUUACUAUGCAGUGUGUCGUGGCAUUUUAUCCAGCUACGCCGAUGACGAAGGCCACCCUGGGGGGCUUCUUCACAGCAUGCCAGAUAUCAUUAAAACCACUUGGGGACUGGACAAAUUAUUAGAUGAAUGCGCAAAACCAUCCUCUGAACAAACUAGCAGGUUAAAGAUUAAAGAUCAGCUCCUCACAGUGCUUGCUGAAUUAGCUGGAGUAAAUGGUUGAGAAUUUGUGUAUGGUUAAAAUGGUUUACAAUAUUAUUUAUGUAGAGAAUAUUCAUAUACCAGGAAAAGCGAGUGAACCUUUUUUGCUGCAAUGGUUUGACUAAGCAAUAUGUAUAUUUGAAUAAUUUAUAAAAAUGCUUUUUAUUGAA